GUGGACCGUCAAGUCGCAGAAAGCUGCUAAGGAAGUGACAAUUCUGCGUCAUCAUUCCGCGUCAACAGGAAGAAGACAGCAGCCACCGAGUAGCUAUUUACCUACAGAUUGGGGUAGGUUGUGUGUCAGCUGAGGCCAGGCCAUGUCGUCUCCAGGUGGGCAGGGUGGAGGAGCGUUGUCCACCCGAGGUGGGGCAGGAGCUCGCAGGAUGAAGUGGGCCCUGGAGCUCAGUCUCGGCAACACGCGUCGUGACCGUCAAGGUGGCCAGGGGGAUGUGAUGUACCCCAUCGGCUACUCGGACAAGCCUGUGCCAGACACUAGCGUCCAGGAGACCGACCGGAACCUGGUGGAGAAGAGGUGCUGGGACGUGGCCCUGGGCCCCCUGAAGCAGAUCCCCAUGAACCUGUUCAUCAUGUACAUGUCGGGCAACACCAUCUCCAUCUUCCCCAUCAUGAUGGUCUGCAUGAUGGCUUGGAGGCCCAUACAGGCACUCAUGGCCAUCUCUGCCACCUUUAAACUGCUGGAGAGUUCUAGCCAGCAGUGGCUGCAGGGUCUCACCUACCUUGUGGGAAACCUCCUUGGCGCUGCAUUGGCUAUCUACAAGUGUCAAUCAAUGGGCCUCUUGCCAACACACUCAUCUGAUUGGCUAGCCUUCAUAGAACCUCCCCAGCGACUGGAAAUUAUGGGAGGAGGAAUGGUGUUAUGAAGAUGGAUGACGAUUUUACAUACAUCCACUUAUUAGAUAUUUGCGCAAACACGUGAGCGCACACACACACACACACACACACACACACCUGCAGUACAUUUGAAAACUAUUGAAAUAAUUAUGCUAAUGCUUUUCUGCUAUAUGUUAUAAUUAUGCUAAUGCUUUUCUGCUAUAUAAUUUAUAUUUUUCACCUGUGUCUACUUUACAUCCCUUAUGUGUUCUUGAAUAUUUCUCUGAUUGCCGAUGUCAUAUAAAGAGGCUUGUACUGUUUUCACAA